AUGGUCAUGAUAAUCAACAACAAGAUAAAACCUCCCGGGGGAGAACCAAUCUGGUCGUGGUACUCGAGAGCAGAGCAACUAGACUACCUGAAAGGGUUUCUCAAACCACUUGCAUUCGAGAAAGGAGAAACAGCUAAGGCCAAGGAUCCUGAGGAUAUAAUUGUUCUAUCAGAUACUGAGGAUGAAAUUAAUCCAGAAAAUGUCACUGUAGAAAAACCUAUGCCCUUAGUCUCUGUAAAACAAGAACCAAUAGAUGAUGAACAUGAAAAAUUGUCUGUUCCUGAUAAAAAUCUACCCGUGCCUGAUAAUGUCAACCCAGAGUCUGCUGUAGUAUAUGGUCCUCAUCAACUUGAACCUCCUGCUUCCCUUUUCACCAAACUCAACUUGUUUAACAUCAUGGAUGAACACAUAAGAUCAACCUCUCUCACAAAUAGACUGUCUAUUCCCCUGAAUAUCCUACAAAGCACAAAACCCACACAAGAUCAAAUUCUGUCUCUACCAUCACCACAAACCACACAAGCAGAAAUCCCUGAGCAUCAAAAUCCUGAAAAUCCUCUCCCCAUCCAGUCAGAAAACUCUCAUACUGAUGAAACUAGAUUUGAACCUCAAUCUGAACCAAAUCCUGAAACAACACCUACCAACCCCAUUGAUGAUUCUCCAUUAGACUUUGAGUUUGAAACAGGAAAUCCUCCAGAAUUACAAGUUGCAGAAUCGAUUGAUGAAGAAGACAAUCUGCCUUUGUCCCAAGUGAAGAAGAACCAAGAAAAGGCUAAAGGAAAGAAGAAGAUACAAAAAGAACAAGUGGACAAAAAUCCUGUGGCAAAAAUUCAAGUCUUUUCCGCCCCUGUCACAAGGCGAAAAACCAGUAAGAAGAGAAAGAAGAACACCACUCGAACUCAGCAAUCUGAAAGCCAGCCGGAUGUCUCUGCCGUAACACCUCUUAAAGUAAUCACCCCUCAAUUCUUAUCUGAUGAGUAUGCUGCAAGAUGGGACUCAACAAACAAAAGGAAAAUCCUGAGCGAAAGGUAUCUUGAUGUUGAAAAGUUCAAGUCUCAGUGCCAACUCAUGCCAGUGUUUGAGAAGUUAAACCUUGUCAAGUCUGUAACAACUCAAACGAGCUAUCCACCUAUUGCCAUAAAAGAAUUUUAUGCAAACCUUCUAAAGACUAUCAAGGAGGCUGGCUCACAAGUUUAUGGACGUGUUUGGCUGAGAGGAAACGAAUACAAUUUUGACACACGUACCAUCAAUCUGUAUCUGGGCAUAGAUGCAAGUGACAUUGAGGACCCUGUUAUUGGUGCAAAUACAAUCACAAAGGUCAUUACAGGAGGAACAUAUAGCUAUUGGCCUGUUGAAACCAACAUGUUGCCAGCCAAAUCUCUCAUAACAAAGUAUGCUAUUCUGCACAAACUAGCCAUGACAAAUUGGAUGCCGAAUGAACACCGAGGAGGAUUAAACUUUCUUAUGGCCACCUUGAUCUACAAGAUAGGCAAAGGUAUUCAUGUCGACUUAGGUGACAUUAUCUUCAAACAUGUGACAUCUUUCAGGAAACCAGAGUCUAAGGAAAGCAAAGUAAAGCUGCCUUUUCCCUGCACAAUUUAUGGAGUUCUACGCACACAAGGGUUCAAACCAGAACCAAAUGAGCCUAUGGAAGCACCACAAGUUAGAACAAUUUAUGCUAGACUCAAACAAGGAAGUUAUGUGCUUGACAUCUUUCCAGAACAUGCAAGUAGCUCAGCCCGAGCUCUGAACCUUGAUGCACCAUUUACCAGCAAACUCACAGCCCAGCACCUUGACAAAAGCAUCAGAGAUCUUAACACGAUCAUACAGAUACUUGUUGCAAAGAGAACAAUUGAGAUGCAGUUACGUGAACAAUUGAGAUUGAGAGACCAAGAGAUGACUGCUGCUGUCACUAAAACACCCACUGAUCCAUCUACUGCACAUGAAGCUGACUCCACUGCACCUGAAGCUGAUUCCACUGCAAACGGCCAGGAGGAUGAGUCCUCAGAAUCUGAUUGA